UCAGAUCCCUCCUCAGCUCCAACUUCAAGAGGUGAGCCAGGGGUUCAGGGUCCCAGACACACAGGUGGUGGCGGCAGCAGCAGCAGCAGCAGCAGCAGCAGCAGCAGCAGCAGCAGCAGCAGGAAGCGUGGGGAAGACCAGAGGCCAGAACUAUGGAAGACCAGCGCGACCUCAUCUCCAACCAUGAGCAGCUACCCAUGCUGGGCCAGCGCCCUGGUGCCCCAGAGAGCAAGUGCAGCCGAGGAGCUCUGUACACAGGCUUUUCUGUCCUGGUGGCUCUGCUCCUGGCUGGCCAGGCCACCACGGCCUACUUCCUGUACCAGCAGCAGGGCCGGCUGGACAAGCUGACGGUCACCUCCCAGAACCUGCAGCUGGAGAGCCUGCGCAUGAAGCUUCCCAAGCCUCCCAAGCCUUUGAGCAAGAUGAGGGUGGCCACUCCCAUGUUGAUGCAGGCGCUGCCCAUUCAAAGCCUGCCCCAGGGGCCCACACAGAAUGCCACCGAGUACGGCAACAUGACACAGGACCACGUGAUGCACCUGCUUCUGGAGGCAGACCCCCUGAAGGUGUACCCAAAGCUGAAGGGGAGCUUCCCAGAGAACCUGAAACACCUUAAGAACACCAUGGAGACCCUGGAUUGGAAGGUCUUUGAGAACUGGAUGUAUCAGUGGCUCCUGUUUGAAAUGAGCAAGAACUCCCUGGAGAAGAAGAGCACUGAGGUUCCACUAAAAGAGCCACUGGACAUGGAAGACCUGUCAUCUGGGCUGGGCAUGGCCAAGUAGGACCUGGGCCAAGCUCCUUCCACAACACCCUGGCACCUGGCUCUCCAUCAUCUGGGACACAGGUCAUAUCAGAACAGUACAGAUUUAACGAUGCAGGAACGUUCUGUUGCCCAAGCCCCCAUCUGUCAGGAGUGUGUGGCCCAAGGAGGUGGCCCAAGAGCUAGGCGGACUCCCAUUUCAUCCUCCAACCUGGAGCCCCAAGACCCAGGCCCAUGGACAAGAUGGAAGGUGCAGGGAGAGGGGACAGUGUUCCCCGACACCCAACACGUUAGCUGUUCCUGCCCCUUCGGCCUUGCCUUUCUAGCCUCUUCAGCUGGGGAGGAGCCACCCCUUCCCUCUCUCCAGCAACACUCACCCAGGAAGAACCAGCCUCUCCACAGCGAUGCCUCACUUUCUGCCAACCCCCAGUUCCCUCUCCGCAGCCAAGCUUGUCAUUGGCCCUCAGGGCUGAGAAUAAAAGUAGUGAGUAGAACAAAA